AACGCUUGUCUGAAAGGGGCUUGAGCACACACACAAAACAAGCGGUUGUAAGCAAAUAAAAAGUCAGGUCUUCUCAUAAAGGUUUUAUAGGUAACCUGAAACGGCUGUGCUAGAUCUCUCUGCGGGAGGCUUGCUAUGAGUAUCUUCCUCGCUGACUGCUAAUUUCACAAUGCGGGGAUGAAUUUAAAGAGUCAAAACUGUCACCCACCGAUGUCUGUGUGCAACUGAAGAAAGUGUUUUGGAAAUGACUUAAAAAAUAUGGACUCUUCUGCCGGUCGCUGAAGCAAGGACAAAGUUUGGGUCUUGGAUUUUUCCUGCUGCUUACAAAGUUCCACCAGGUGAGAAGAGUGAUGACCAUCCUGUUCCUUACUAUGGUUAUUUCGUACUUCAGUUGCAUGAAAGCUGCCCCCAUGAAAGAAGCUCCCGCCAUUCGUGGGCACGGCAGCCCCGGCUACCCCAGCGUGCGGAGCCACGGGACUCUGGAGAGCGCAGGCGGGCCGGAGCGGGGAAUGCUGUCACUGGCAGACACUUUCGAGCAGGUGAUCGAGGAGCUGCUGGAGGGGGGAGGCGAGGCGCAAGCUGGCACUGUGACCACGCAGGGGGGCACGGAGUCCAAGGACACGGACUCCUACACAUCGCGGGUGAUGAUCAGCAGCCAAGUGCCUUUGGAACCCCCUCUGCUGUUUCUCUUAGAGGAGUACAAAAACUACCUGGAUGCGGCGAACAUGUCCAUGAGGGUCCGCCGUCAUUCAGACCCCGCCCGCAGGGGAGAGCUCAGCGUGUGUGACAGUAUUAGCCAGUGGGUGACGGCCGUAGACAAAAAGACGGCCGUGGACAUGUCAGGACAGACGGUCACCGUCCUGGAGAAGGUCCCGGUACCCAACGGUCAACUGAAGCAAUACUUUUACGAGACUAAAUGCAACCCCAUUGGAUACACCAAGGAUGGGUGCAGGGGAAUAGACAAGAGACACUACAAUUCACAAUGUCGGACCACCCAGUCCUACGUGCGUGCACUGACCAUGGAUAGCAAAAAAAAAAUUGGUUGGCGCUUCAUAAGAAUAGACACUUCUUGUGUAUGUACACUUACCAUUAAGAGGGGGAGAUAGUGAAUUAAAUGUUGUAUAGAUUUUAUUGAGAGAAAAAAAGAGAAAAUAUCUAUUUGUAUAUAUACAUAACAGGGUAAAUUAUUCCGUCAAAUGAAAAUUUUAUG